CACGGGGUAACAACAUUUCAUUCAUAACUUGUUUCUCCAUAUAAUUUAAGAUUAUACACGGUUGAAGAAAAUGACGUCCAAGUCUUUGAUUGUGUUGGGUCUCUUUGCACUUCUUUUCGUCGUCUCAGCCGUUGUCGCGGCAUCUGAAAGGCAGCCAGGUGUGGUGAAGUCAGAGAGUGAGAAAACUGAGGGAACAGAACAAUUUGGUGGUGGUGGCCAUAAAGGCUACAACAUAAAAGGAUUCAGCGGAGGGGACCCCUACGAAGGAGGUAACUGCCGCCACGGCUGCUGCCAACUAGCUUACAGUGGCUGCUCAGAAUGUUGCUCUUAUGCGGGAGAAGCUGUUCAGACAAAGCCCGGCAACUAAAAUUCAAUAACGACCAUAUAUACACUUAUGUGUGUUUAUGAGCCUACGUACGUUUGUAAUGAUGUAAUAAGUGCCUCAAGUGUAGCAAAGGGGCAUGAUAGAUUAUGCAAUGUCUCUGUGUUUGGUGUUGUAUUAAUCUUGGUUGUUUCCUAAUAAAAGUAGUUUGAAGUUUAGUUUCUCUUUCAGUUUUCUGUAUUGGUGGCAUUUCAAAUAAAUAUUCGUAC